GUGAUGCCAGGCUUCACUCGCCUCGCUGUCGUCAUGAUGUUCGUUUCAGUCGGCGCUGAUUCUCUCCUGGGCUCGCGCCGCAGAGCGUCUCAGUAAUCUGAUUACUCUGCGCUCCGGGGUCUCCAUAAAAGUUGGAGCGCGCAGAGCCGCGCCGUCAGACCGCGAAGAGCCGCUGCAGCGCGCCCAGCUCCGCCGGGACUGAGCCCGAACACCCGGAUACGUCACGACCUCUGAUCGAGUCCGAUCAUCUCUAUGAAUAUUGAUUAUUUUCAGAAAGCUGCUGGGUGUUGAACGCGCGCCGUCAGGACGCACAGAGGCUCCGUGGACGAACCGGGGCUGGAGACUCGAGCAGUUAUGGAUCAGAUGCUGUUCUGUUAGAAAGCUCCGCUUGAUUUCACCUGGAGGUGAUUCAAAACAAUAUUAAUAAUAAUAACUAAAAGACAAGUCAGCCGGUCCUCCUUCCCCUUCUGGAUUCAAAUGUCUCCACGCCGCAGACACGCAGCUGGAUUGUAGCGGCCGCAGCGAUGCUUUAAUCGGGCGUUGAGGUGCGGGAAGGGAGCGGGACACGAACAGGAUGAGUGAGCGGUGCAUGCAGAUCAGAAGCAAAGGGGCUCUUCUUGUCAUGGUGCUCGUGGUCGGAGUCCUGGAGCUGUCCAAGUCGACAGAAGGGGCGACAGCUGCGCACCAUGUCCGGACCGGGACCUGUGAGGUGGUGGCGCUGCACCGCUGCUGCAACAAGAACAAAAUCGAGGAGCGGUCGCAAACAGUGAAGUGUUCCUGCUUUCCGGGCCAAGUGGCCGGUACCACCAGAGCCGCCCCGUCCUGCGUCGACGCCUCGAUAGUGGAGCAGAAGUGGUGGUGCCAGAUGCAUCCGUGCCUUGACGGGGAGGAAUGCAAAGUUCUUCCUGAUCUGAAGGGCUGGAGCUGCGCGACAGGGAACAAGAUUAAAACCACCAAGAUUUCUGCGGACAGAGACCAGCUUUGGUAACGACAGACGCUCCACUAACUAAACCCAGGUGAACGCCCCGUCAUUGUCUGGCGGAUCAUAAAAGGAGUAAAAGACUAAUAUGAAGGACUUUGCUGUAAAUAGAGACAUCCUUUAUUCUGGUCUAGAGAUAAUCUUUUAAGACUUCUGAAUGAAUCCUCAUGAACUCGAUGGACGUCAGCGUGAGGUGCACCGGUCAUCCCCGCUCUGCCUUUUUUUGGAUGGCAGGACCAGUUGUCUGACAUCGUGCCGCUUGUAGUGGAAAACCGCAGCGACCUUCGCCGAUGUGUCCAACUUCUUGAGUAGCGCCACCUUCACAAGCAAGCGGUCUCACACAGCAGCCGUUUCGUUGGGUCGACCGAUGGAUCGGCAUGUCGCUCCAAGAACACAUUCAUCGGCCGACGGCAGCUUUCUUCUCUGGCAAAUUGCAGUUAGGAGAUUUGGGGGGAGCAAAUAGUUAGUAUGAUUAUCAAAGAAAUAAAACGAUUAUCCAUCCAUGACAUGCAAUACUCAACUAGAUACUCUGGACUCAAAGACUCCAGGGCUCAGCCCAGGCGCAGGCAAAGAACAGAUCAAACAUAGAAUCAAAGGGAAUUAAAUCCAUUUACAAUCUAUUAAUCUUUAAGUUUCCAUGCCUUCCCCCCUCAAACUGCAUUGCUGCAUUAAAAUUCAGUUUCUUUGGUGAGAUGAAUGUAAAUGACAAACAUUUGGACGAUGAGAGUGUUUCCCAAACUCUUUCUAACUAGUGACUCAAGUAUGAUUUGCUAAUGACUUUCAAGUGACUAUCGCUGACACUUCUUUAGUCUGUGUAAGUGAUGACAUUAGUAAUAAACAAUGGUCGUGUA